UGGAGCUGUCAUGUAGAUUAAUCGUAUCAAGCACAAGAUAUAGCAUUAUUUUAUAAAGAGGCGUAAAAAGGCAACAAUAGCGAAAGCAAAAGUGAAGUAAAAAAUCUAAUCACACCAUCCGAAAUAUAAACAACAAAGAUGGCAGCCCUCACUACUCGUCUUCUUCGAGCAACGCAAAGGAAAUGGCGUUUUUUACCCAUUGCGACGAAUUAUCGCCGGUAUUCAGUAGACCAAAGUAAAGGAAAACCAGUGAGAAUCGGCUGUGCCAGCGGAUUCUGGGGUGACACUCCUACGGCAGCUCCUCAACUGAUUCACAAUGGCAACUUGGACUUCCUCAUGUUCGACUACCUCUCAGAAAUCACCAUGUCCCUCCUUACGGCUGCAAGAGCCAAGAAGCCAGAGCUGGGGUUUGCACCCGACUUUGUGCUCUAUGCCAUUGGACCAUACCUGAAGGACAUCAAACGGAAAGGUAUCAGAGUCCUGAGCAAUGCUGGUGGAAUCAACCCAGAGGGCUGUGCUGAGGCACUGAGGCAGGCAGCUAGCAAGGCUGGUGUUGAUCUGAAGGUUGCUGUUGUUACGGGUGAUGAUCUAAUGCCAGUAAAGAAACAAUUGAUAGCUGCUGGAAUGCCCGACAUGAAAAGCGGUCUUCCUCUACCAAAAACUGUCCACAGCAUGAAUGCAUAUUUAGGAGCUGGUCCAAUCGCUAAAGCCUUAGAUGGAGGUGCAGAUAUUGUUGUUACAGGAAGGUGUGCUGACAGCUCUUUGGCUCUUGCACCUCUCAUACACAGUUUUGGGUGGCAGUCAAACGAUUAUGACCAGCUUGCAAGUGGCAGCCUGGCGGGUCACUUGAUUGAGUGUGGUGCACAGGCAACUGGUGGCAUUUAUACAGACUGGGAUGCCGUUUCUGACUGGCAUAACAUAGGCUUCCCCAUAGCAGAAGUGUCAGGCAGUGGAGACUUCAUGAUCACAAAGCCCCCCAACACAGGAGGUAUUGUCAAUCAGAUGACUGUUGCUGAGCAGAUGCUCUACGAGAUUGGGGACCCACGGGCCUAUAUUCUCCCGGAUGUUGUCUGCGAUUUUACUGGGGUCCAGCUAGAGGAGACCAACUGUGGGGUCAUUGUGAAAGGGGCUAAGGGGAAGAAGCCCACUGACUCAUAUAAGGUUAGUGCAACAUAUCUUGAUGGCUACAAGGCCACUGCCGUCAGCUGUAUUGGAGGCCCUAGAAGCCGGGACAAGGGCAGGAAAACCGCUGAGGCGAUUGUGCAGAGAUGCCGCAACAUAUUCCAAAUGCUCAAGCUCCCCGACUUCACCAGAGUCCACAUUCAGAUAUUGGGUGCAGAGGAUACCUAUGGGCCCCAUGCAAGCAUUGGAGAAGGUCCUCGUGAGGGUGUCAUCUGGAUCUCAGUCCAUCAUGAACAAAAGAAGGCUGUCGAGCUGUUUGCCCGUGAAAUAGCAGCAGCUGGAACUGGCAUGGCCCCUGGACUCACAAACAUUGUUGGAGGUCGGCCUAGGGCGUCUCCUCUCCUGCGGCUGCAUUCCUACCUCAUACCAAAAGAUCAGUGCAAGGUGAGUAUCCAUGCUGAUGGGAAAGAGGAAGUGUUCAACGAGACUGCAGAUACAGUUCCAGCAUCCACCUAUGACUUUCCAGAUCAGCCAGUAUCUGAAACCUCAGAUUUGACUAAGGGAUCAAAUUGCUAUCGGCUGGAGUCCCUGGCUCUGACUCGCAGUGGUGACAAGGCAGACUCCUGCAAUAUUGGUGUCAUUGCAAGGCAUCCUUCACUGUAUCCAUACCUGAAGGAGGCUCUUACAUCGGAAGCUGUCGCAGAAUACUUUAGACAUGUUUUCCCAGACAAUGUCAACCCCUUGGACUGUGUAAAAAGGUAUGAGGUGGAUGGUAUCUGUGGCCUCAAUUUUGUCCUUGAGCAGUCACUUGGGGGAGGAGGAGUGGCAUCACUCCGCUCUGAUCCUCAGGGAAAAGCUUACGGCCAGAUGCUCCUUGACUUCAUCAUAAAGGAUAUGCCAGAUAUCUGCUCUGUCAGCCACUAGUGAGAGAUUCAGAUCACUCUUUCUCUUAGCUUUCUUUGCUAAAGCAGAAUUUUUCCUCUCUUGCUUAUCAAGAUAUUGAACUGGUUGCGCUAUCCAUCUCAUGCUAGAAUUGAGAUAUGGAAGUAAAUGAGUAUUUUUGAUAUAGAGAAAAUAAGGAUAGGUACAAAUUAUUAUUUUCAAUAUAAACUGUAAAAUAAGAAUAAUUGUUGAUUUGUAGGGAAGUCAUGAUUGCCCAGAUGUUAGUUAUUGUGUAUUGAAAUUGUAUAUUAUAUAAAAGUACAAGGUUUUCAGUAUUGACUUCUAUAACCUUUUUUGAAGCAGUUUAGAUAGCUACUAAAACCUGCAUUCUUCCAAGUUGGUAGAAUUUAAUGUAAACAAAAGGAAAAGAUGACUGAAAAUGCAUUUCAUUAAAGACCAAAAAUUAGUAAAGAAGAAAACGGUAUAUGUAAAAUAUUUUGAAUUCUAAUGAUAUUUCCUUUGAAAAUGCUGAAUUGCCUUUGUACAUAACUUAUGGUGCUUUUUGUAAAUUAAGCUGAUAUUUUGUAGUCCUUGUUGCAAUGAAGUUGAUCAUUUGAAAAUGCAUACACAUAUAUGUAACAAGUAUGUAAUGGACGAGAGUUGGAUUAUACUUGUGACUUCAGUGUGAUGCAUGCACAAAUCUUGUCUUUCAUGUAAUACAACAGACAAAACAAUUAUAUUUAUGUAAAGUUUGGUAAAAAAAAAAAAUGUAUAUUUUGUAUAUGAAAGGGUUUUAGUACUUUGUGAUAAUCAUUAUUUCCGUGACUUGGGGAUGUAUAUUAGGAAAAGAAAUAUUAAAUAAUGAAAAUUAUAUAA